UCUUCUAUAAUCUCUAUUGCUGCUAUACCUAAAAACCUUACCUUUCCAGCAGACAGCGAAAACGAGUAUUAGAAAACCAAUAAGAUGGCGCUAUGGAUGGAAGCAGGCUCUGAACCCAAAACUGAAACUGAGAUUGCGGACCUCCAAGCCAUUGCCGCCCUCAAAGAAUCAACUGCUCUCGAGCUCAAGGAGAACGGCAACGAGUUGGUGAAAAAGGGCCAAAAGCAUUACCAAGAAGCCAUCGACUGUUACACUAGAGCUAUCAACCAGAAGGCUUUAAACGACCAAUACACCUCCGUUUUGUACUCAAAUAGAGCUCAUGUAAAUUUACUCCUCGGGAAUUACCGCCGUGCGCUCGCUGAUUCUCAAGAUGCCAUUAAACUCUCCCCUGCAAAUAUUAAGGCUUAUUAUCGAGCUGUCAAGGCGUGCCUGUCGUUAAACCUGUUAUCGGAGGCGAAAUCUUAUUGUGAAAGUGGGAUUGAGAAAGACCCAAGUAAUGAGGAGUUGAAGAAACUGGCAAAGCAGAUUGAUUUAAAGAAGCUGGAACAGGAACAUCGUGAAGCUCAAGUUUCCAAGGCUCUUGCAGAGGCUAAGGAACUUGUUUCUGCUAUUGAAGAUAGAAGGCUGAAGCUUGGGAAUGCAAUGUAUAGAGAACUUACCGGAUUAAGGAAGCCGGUGUUGGAUAAAAAUGGAAUUUUUCAUUGGCCUGUUUUGCUACUCUAUGCAGAGGUUAUGUCCAGUGAUUUUAUAGAGGACUUCUGUGAAACCGACAUGUUUUCGGCUCAUCUUGAUAUCAUGUUUUCAGAAAGUUGCCCACCUUUACCAUGGGAUAAGGACAACCAUUAUUCCCGUGAAGCAAUUGAACUCUAUUAUGAGGUUGGUUCUGGGAUUUGCCUUUCUAAGACCAAAAUCCUCCGUUAUCUUCUAGAAGGGACUGAAGCUGCUAAUGUGGAAAGCAUUGGAGAGGAAGAAAAUGAUGCAGCUGAUGGUUAUCGUCAUGGCAAUUCUGCAGGUUCAUCCAAAUGGGUCAAAGUGGGUGAAAAAAGAACACUUCAUGAUGUGUUGAAAGAACCAAACUUCAUUAUCCCAAUGAUACCAGUCUUUUAUGUCGUUUCAAAAAGAUCCACCUUUUGUAAGGACUUUGUAACCGGAAAAUGGACACCUCCGGUGUGAAUUGAAUGCGCCUACUAGACAGCAAGCUUGGGGUUUCUACAUUUUAUCGAGUUAAAAGCAAGCAACUUUUACGCACUGCCGUAUACAAUGGUCGUGACGUUCAUUGCCGAAACGUUUUUGUAGCUUGGACUUCAAAUGUUUAUGAAGUGAGCUUGAAAUUG